GGGCCCCGGGCCCCCGGUCUCGGUCUCUCCCUCCCCCCGGGCCCCGGGCCCCCGGUCUCGGUCUCUCCCUCCCCCCGGGAUGAGUGAGCCUCCGGCCGGCCCUGUGCCUCUGGAACAGGCGGUGCUGGAGACUUUCUUCUCGCACCUGGGAAUCUGCUCCCAUGACCGGGCCAAGGACUAUGUGGAGCGGGAGAAGGAGAACAGCCGGAGCGCGGGCCCGAGCUGGGCCGGGAUCCUGUCCGCACUCGCUCACCUGGCGGCGGCCGAGAAAGCUUAUCACAGCAUGGGCUUCCUGGGGCAGAAACUGGGCGGCCAGUCGUUUUUUAGUCGGAAGGAUUCCAUUCGAUCUAUCUACACGUCCCUCCACAAUGAGCUGCGCAAGUUGGCCACCACUGCACGGAACCCGACGGCUGGGACCUCUCCACAUCUGGAAGAACUCCUCUCCCACCUCUCCGAGCAGCUCUGCUUUUUCAUUCAGGCCCGAAUGGAGAUUGCGGACUUCUACGAGAAGAUGUAUUCCCUCAGCACGCAGAAGUCCAUCCACUCAACGGAGGUGGUGCACGCAUUGGAGUCAAUUCUAGAGAAAUACAGCUGCAGGUUCCAUCACCCCAUCCUGAGCCCCUUGGAAAGUAGCUUCCAGCUGGAGGUGGAUGUGCUAACUCAGCUGCUGAAAGCUCAGGCUGAGAUCAGUGAAUGGAAGUUCCUCCCCUCACUGCUCAAUCUGCACAGUGCCCACUCCAAGCUGCAGACCUGGGGCCAGACGUUUGAGAAGCAGCGGGAGACCAGGAAGCACCUGUUUGGGGGCCAGACCCAGAAGGCCCUUCAGCCCCCACACCUCUUCCUGUGGCUGUCCAAACUGAAGAACGCCCUCUUGGCCAAGUUCACCUUCUACUUCCACGAGGCACUGAGCCGCCAGACCACGCCCUCGGAAAUGAAGGCCUUGACCGCCAAGACCAACCCUGAUUACUGCGGCAAGAUCUCUAGUUUCAUUCGGAAAUAUGACGCCGAAAAUGUCUCUUUGAUCUUUGACAACCGAGGGUCUGAGACCUUCCAGGGGCAUGGGUACCACCACCCGCACUCAUACAGGGAAGCCCCCAAGGGGGUGGAUCAGUACCCGGCAGUUGUUUCCUUGCCCACUGACCGACCUUUAAUACACUGGCCCAACGUGAUCAUGAUCAUGACAGACCGCGCGACGGAGCUGAACACUUUGGACAAAGUAGUCCACUUCUACGACGACAAGGUUCAGAGCACUUACUUCCUGACACGCCCCGAACCCCAGUUCACCAUUGUGGUCAUCUUCGACUCCAGAAAGUCAGAGAAAGAUUCUCACUUUCUCUCCUUCCUCAACGAGCUCUCCAGCUCCCUGAAGAACUCCAAGCCAUUUGCCAGCCUGAAGCCAGGUUCAAAGGGCUAACACCAACAUCUCUGGCCCAAGUAAACGCAUCGUGACUGUGAAAAAAGGAUGGCAGGAGGCGGAUUCUGCUGCCAGUGAAUUCAAGUAAUUUAAUCAUGUCUCCAUCCAUUACCGUGCGGGGAAUUAGUACUCCUUAAUUGUUUAUGACUAUGGGAUGUUUCAGUCCAUUAACUUGCACUCGGCUAAGAACUGCACAAGCUAUUUACCAAGUGUGAUUGCUGUAUUUUUAAUGCCAACUGAUGUAAGGAUACAUACAGUCCACUUAAACAGCUUACAAAUAUUAAAUAAAGGCACUUGAAUUUGAUGCAUAGAUUGCGCUUUAAUCCUAAUUGCUAUUGGAAAAAUUAAUGUAAUGUUUGAAAAUAUUGCCAGGGCAAUUAAAUAUAAAGCAGGAUCCUGUUACUAUAGGAAGCCUUGGACCUGACCCCGUCUCGAUCAAUGGUCUCAAUCUCUUUGGUUUUGAGGUACCUCCUCCAAUGUUUUAAAAUUCAACGCACCCUUGAAACACUCAUUUUUAUACAGAAAAUAAACUUGCUCUACAAUUAAACAUAUAAUUUAUUAUGAUUUUUGUUUUACUUACCUAAUGGGUGACUUGGCUGGUUGAAUGAAGGUGGGCCAAAUGGUUCACCUCAUCUGUAAUUAUCCUGAUCUCAGAUCACAUUUUAUUCGCACUGAAUUAGUGUAGUCAGGCAUGCAAGUGCUCGUGCUAUGAUAUUCAGUCCGCAGGCUGCAGGACAAUCUUGGCACACCAUGACUGGGAAAUUUCUGAGCCUGCAGCUGGGGAAAAUGAUCCGAGGAAUUUGCCCCAGUUUUCAUCGUAAAACUAUAGAUGACGCACCCCACAAAGAGUGACAUGUUUCUAAAACUGCUCCGAACUUAUCGUGAGCAGAAAUGUCUAUUAAUAUGUUAAUAAAUACUCCAAUUUUUCUUUAAAAAUUACAAAUCAAUACUAAAAUUCCCAAAGGGGUUUGUUAAUUUUUUUUUUAAUUGCUGUAAACCUGUAAAGGUGAAUGGAAUUGUGCAGGAAGCACAGGCAUAGUAUGAGAAGAUGGCAGGGUAGCUUUGCAGCAGCAGAGUGAAUGCAGCUUCUACUGCAGUCACUUAAAGAAAUACCCCAAUAUUUAUUCAGUUUGCCUUCCAAUAUUUAUUAAAUUGAAAUGCAGUUUUAAUAAUAACAGACGCUGAAAGCGAUACAACAUGUAGCGCGAUAUAGUGGCCAGCCUAACAGUGGUCCCUCCCUUCUGUCAGUGUUAUUCAUUUCCAGUAGUUGGGCUGAUUUCCACAUGCAUCAUUGCCAGCUUGUUCUCCCUAAACUGCCAGAUCCUUACAAGUGAUAUUAAUUCAUCCUUUUUGCCUCUUGUUGCCUACUCUGGGCCCUGUAAGUUGACUUGAAUCGACUUGCCAACCAGUCAGCACCCUUUUCUCCUAUAGUAUAAAUUAUGGGGAUUGUUUGAAAUUCAGCCUUGUGUUUGCCCUGAUGAUUGCCAGAUGAAAAGCUUUGGCAAUGUGUUUUUUUUUAAAGCAAUAUUGAAGUUCUAUAAAACCAAGCGGCAUAGGUAGGUGUCAGGUUCAGCAGAAGCCAACCACUUUCUCCAACAGAAAGAUAUGAAUGUCAGGGUUAAAGCUUUCUCUGGGCUGGUCUUAUGCACCGUCUAGAGACUCUGCACAAGAAGGACAAAGUGCUGGCAGGUUAUUCUGAUAGGAUUAGAUGAAGAAAGUGUAGGAGAAAGCUCAUGUGGAACUCAAUCCUCUACCCUGAACCAGUUGGACCGAAUGGCUUGUUUCUAUGCUGUACAGUGUAAUUCUAUGUAAUCAUAUGACAAACUUUACCUCCCCAUGGAUCAGCCUCCUUCAACAGAGAACCUAUCAGUGAUGGCUGCUGUUUCACUUUAAUGCUCUACAUUUGUGUACAAGGAUAUCUGGCAUAGCAAGGGUUAAUGUGGGACUGGAAACAGUACCGCCCACAGUGUGAUGUGAAGGGUCACAUAACCUGAGACUAGAAUCAUUUGUGGGCUGGACAGAGACCUGUGUGGAAGCAAUUAAGGAUUUAGCUCUUGGCUUGGGCUAUAUCCUGUAUAUAUGUACAUAGUUAUGUGUUAUUGUGUUAUCAAUAAACAGUUAAUGUUCA